AUGGCGGCGGGGCCCCUCGUGCGGGGGGGGGCCGCUUCCUCGGUGGUGUUCAUGUCCAUGCUGAUCGGCUGCGUGGCCGAGCGGCACGUCGCGGUGUUCGAGGGCGGGCUGCAAGAGGGGAGUAGGCUGGCGGUGGUGGCCGGGCACCGCCACCUGCAGCGCACCGUGCCGGCGGCGGCGUCGGCGGCGCAGCGGAGGGCGGCGGAGGACGGCGGCCGGAACCGGACGCUGGCCCACCCCGUGGGGAAGCAGAGGCGGGCGGCAGCGUUGGUUGGGAACUGGCAGCGCGCCACGUCCUCGCCCGCGGCGCAGGGCCGUGGCCAGAACGAGACGCUGGCCCACGCGGUGCGUAGGCUCAACAGGACUUUGCUGGAGGCGCGGAACGGCGACCCGGCGGCAGACGCCCUGCUCAAGAUCGGCAGGGCACCGGGCGGGGCGCGCGCGCUGGUGCCCGCGGUGCGCGGCCUCGCGCUCGCCCUGACGCGCGGCACGCUCGGGAGGCAAGGGCGGUGGAAAGCCCUGUUGGCCUUGGAGUUGGUGGGGCCCGAGGCUGGGCUGGAGGCCGAGCUGGCCGUGCCCGCCGUGCUGCACGCGGCGGCCGAGGACGAGUCUCCGAUCGUGCGGGUGGCGGCCGUCGCAGCGCUGCCGAGGCUGCUGAGGCCCGAGGCCGCCGAGCGGGCCGGCCCGGUGGUGCUGCGGGCGGCCGAGGACGGCGCUCAAGAGGUGCGGGCGGCGGCCGUGAGAGCUCUGCCGCAGCUGCUGGGCACCGAGGCCGCUCCGGUCGUGCUGCGCCUGGCGGCCGGGGACAACGCCACGUCCGUGCGGCAGGCAGCCGUGCAGGCUCUGCUGAGGCAGACGGUGCCCGAGGCCGUCCUCCAGCCCGUCGUGCUCCAGGUCACCACCGAGGACGAGAGCGCCUCCGUACGUCGGACGGCUUGGAAGUUGCUGAGCCCCGAUGUUGCCCAGCGGGCCGUGCCUAGCCUGUUGCGGAAUGUCUCGUGCUCACAGCACGGCGGCAGUUCAUGGAAGAAAAUUGCAAAUUGUGGAGAGUCAUGCUGGCUGGAGGCGAAGCGGCGCUUCAGAGAUGCAGAAGGUGAACAGGUACAACAGAGGAAACGAUUCCGUGCUUUGGAUAAUCUCGCCGAGUACUUCUUGUCGCAGGAGCACGCAGCCCUGGAGCAGGUAGAACCCACACUGAUGUUGAUGCUAGACUCGACGUUGCAGUGCAUAGGCUGGGACAACGUUCGAGACUUAGCGGCGAUUCUUGUCAUCAAGAUCAGCAGCGCGCUGGCUGGGAUGACCUUCACCUAUAGACUCCAUCUGUGGGAUGUGCUCAUUCAGGCGGAGGAGAUGGCGAACUCUAAAUACAAGCCAAGUCUAAGACUCAGACGCGAGGCUCUGCAGAGGGCCUUCGAGAAGGACUGCGCGGACUCGUUCCUGAAGCAGACUGGCAUCGCCAUCCAUGUGGAUCGUUUCGCAGUAGAGAUCCCUCUCGGCGUCAUGAUGGCCUCCGACGCCAACGGCACGGAGGCGCAUAGGUGCCCCAAUCGAGACGCUUGCCCCGUGAGCCAACGCCAGAGGAUGAAGCCCGCCAGGGUUAACAACACCAAGGUCAAAGGGGGCAGCUGUCCCUUACUGCUUUCGGAGCACAGCGGGGCCAUCGACAAGCUCAACGCCAUCUGCGCCGCUGGCUUCGAUAUCACGUCACCUGGAUGCGCAAAAUGUCUUCCCGAGUUCGGGCGCACGAACAAGGACCCGUUUUCUUGCGAGUUUUGCGGCAAGUCUGGUUGGGCCUACAAGAUGGCCGCUUGGCUUGGGCAGCCGCUGAUCAUCUUCCUCCUCGCAUGGCGCAGCGCGGAGAGCGCGGCGGCCUCCAUGAGCGUGACGGAGGCGGUAGCCAACGACGUUGUGAAGAUUGGUCUCGCCUAUGUAUCCAGCAUCGGUGUGGUAGUCGCCGCCGUCACGUCGACGGAUUCUUACCACGAGCUGAAUGCGACGGACCGUGCCCGGCAUUUGUUGGACCUGGCCCAGCAGGCGCAGCUUGGCGACAUCACCUAUUCAACGAACAGCGACUGCCUGCUCAUGAGCGGGCGGGGCGCGGCGUCCGUGGACCAGCUCUUCGCGUUGACCCUGCAGCUGCCCGCGUGCGUGCUCGCCGCUGCAGCAUUCUUAAUCGUCCUCCGCGCUUGCUGCCGAGCUGUCUUCUCGGACGGCCCCUUUGGCCUCAAAGAUCUCCGGAAGGAGGUCGUGCACAGGAUGGUCACCUGCUCGCUGGUGGCGGGCAACCAGUUUUUGCCGAGCGUGGUUUCGGCGAGCGUGCGCGCGCUGCCGUGCUUCCACACACAGGAGGCAGUCGACGGAAACGGUCCAGCCAUGCUCUCGGCCUACGACCCCGACUCGGCGUGCCGCGAGAACGCGCAGCUUCUGUGGAUGUGUGGCCUCGGGUCCGUUUGCGCGGUCGUCGCCGGCCCCGUUUACUGGCUGACCCUGUUGCGCCACCAGAAGUGGGCGCGGCAUGCAGGACCCACGAGAUUCCUGGCGGGCUCUUACCGUCACGGCUUCAAGUGGUGGGAGGCGGUGCGCCUCGGGAAGACGAUGCUCAUCGCCUCCGUGGUCACGGCCUCGCCCACGAGCUACUGCCCGCUGCAGCAGCUCAUGCUCUGCCUCUUGAUCACCGGUGCCUUCAGCCUCUGGCACUGCUCCAGCAGCCCGUAUAAGUACCCCGUGCUCAACGCCGCCGAGGCUGGCUCGCUCAGUACCCUCAGCGUCGGCAUGCUGCUCUCGGGGCUGCUGGCCGGCGGCAGGUGGCCGCUGACCCCCAGCCUCCAGAGCAGCAUCAUCAUCGGCAUCGCGUCGAUGCUGAUAUGUUACUGCUUUGCACUUGUGGUCCUCUGGGUGAGGGUCAAGUUCUUCUGGGCUGAGGACACCGGCGAGGAGCUGCCCGCAGAGGGCGACCUUGCCACCGACCAGUGA